AUGUCAAACGGGGAAAGGAAAUUGACGGUCCGUGAAUUUCUUCACUGUUACCGUCCAGACGAGAUUUCUGGAUCAAGGGGGAUGUACAGUUUUGCCAGUCGGAGCCCCUUGUUGAAGGUGAUCUUUGAGACCCCAGACUCAAAUAGAGACUGGAAGAGUCGGUACUUCUUCCUGGAGGGUGAUAGAUGGAUGAACCAUCCAGGGGAGACGGAGUUCAUGCCCGUCGACACAACUUGGGCAGUUAUAAAUCAGACACGUAGACGGCGCCCACAAGUCAGCCUCGAGGAGUUUAGCUUCCUUGAAAAGGUUUGCAAGAAGACUACGCCGGAGGAAAGGACUUGGGCGAAGUUGGUGAACCCGAGGACCAUACAUUGGUACUGCGACGGUCCUGAGCCCACCCAAGAAGCGAUAAGAUACGACGAGCGAGUUCACAAACAGAUGGAUGACGCAAAGAGGAGAGCUUUGAUCAAGUCCCAAGCCGUCAAGAAGAGGGAAUCCGGCGAGGAGGUUCCUAAGGCAUCAGCUUCAGUCCCUAAAAGGAAACUGACGACAAAAUCCGACCGUCCCUUUAAGCAACCAAAGGUCUCUCUUGAACCUGUGGUUGGCUUAAUGGCUGAGGGUAACAAGGCCGUCACCCCAGCGAAGCAGGGGAAGGGCAAAGGAUUGAUGGCGGUCCCAGACGGUAAGCAAGAGAGACCUCCUUCCCUUCUUCGUGAUGACUCCAAGUAUGCAUUGGAGAAACUGUCGUCCAUCAUCACGGCAGAAGACUAUGAAGACCUGGGAAACCAUUCGACGGAGGCCAUGGGGGAGACGGGCCUCUUCGCCGUCGCUCAGGUUGGUUAUGUUUGUCAAAUAAGUUUUUGUUUUUCAUUCUUCCUGUUACUUACAUUAUGUGACGGUCUCUUUUCUACUUGCAGUCCUUGGUCACGAUGA